CGGGUUGUUACAGCUGCUGGAGCAGCAGCGGCCCCGGCCCCCGGGCACCCCUCCUGGGCCCUAGACCGCCGGCCCUGUCCGCUAGUGGGGGUUCGCCCCGGUACUCGCCGUCUUUCCAUUCCCACGGCCCUCGCGAGUCCGGGAGGCAGGGCCCGAGCUGAGAGAGCAGUGGCACGAGAGGGGCGGCAGGAUGAAUGUGGGCACGGCACACAGUGAGGUGAACCCCAACACGCGGGUGAUGAACAGCCGCGGCAUCUGGCUGUCCUACGUGCUGGCCAUCGGGCUCCUCCAUGUCGUGCUGCUCAGCAUCCCCUUUGUCAGCGUCCCUGUUGUCUGGACCCUCACCAACCUCAUCCACAACAUGGGCAUGUACAUCUUCCUGCACACGGUGAAGGGGACACCCUUCGAGACUCCGGACCAGGGCAAGGCGAGGUUGCUAACCCACUGGGAGCAGAUGGACUAUGGGGUCCAGUUCACAGCGUCUCGGAAGUUCUUAACCAUCACACCCAUUGUGCUGUACUUCCUCACCAGCUUCUAUACCAAGUAUGACCAGAUCCAUUUCAUCCUCAACACUGUGUCCUUGAUGAGUGUGCUCAUCCCCAAGCUGCCCCAGCUCCACGGAGUCCGGAUUUUUGGAAUCAAUAAGUACUGAGGGCACAGCCCCUUCCCCUGUCUGGUUGGCGGGGGGAGGAGUAGAAGACUGUGCUGUGAUGCUGAAGACGGAAGGAGCCUCUGGAUCCUGCUAGAGAUGGGGGUCGAGCCUCUGGGCCCUAGUUCCCCCCCCUCACUUCCCCUGGUAGCCGACUUGAAGUAGCUUGUAGUGGGAUUCGGGUGGGCCCCCCCCAGGUCUCUGACCCUUUCUGAUUUUUUUGAUCUUUUCCUUUUGCCUUUUGGAUAGAGACUUCGUGGGGGCAGUCAUGGAAUGGGCUGGGCUGCCGGCUGAAUGCAGACCUGUGAGGUUGGGACAAGAGAAAUCCCCUGCUCACUUGCUCAUCCUCAGACUGCUAAAGCACUUUAACCCCUGCAAGGGGAGCAGGGGGGACGGUACAGCUUCUGGAUGGUUUCACUUUAAUUCUUAAGUCUUUAGGGUGACACUCAGUGUGUGCUCAUAUAUAUGAAAGCAGGCGCAUGACGGUGCCUCAUCCCUCUGGGUGGAGAACUGUCCUUUGCAAGUCUCAUGCUUUUGGCAGCUCCCCUACCACCCUCCCUGGGUACUGGAUUGGAGUGGGGAGGGUGAGGAGAGGGAUGGUGGGGCUGGGUGGGGAUGGCCUGGUCCCAGAGGUGAGGGGGCUGCGUCCGCUCUCAUCUUGGCCCUGGUGGAGGUGGGGAGGGCGGCUGGGGCAGGGGUGGGGAUGGAGAACUGAGACAUGCAAGAAGGGGCCACACAGCAGCAGAGAUCGGUGUGAGGGAGGAGGAUGGGGAUAGAAGCCAGACCUAACCUCAGGCUUUGGGAAGUGGACAGGAUGGGGCAGGCUCAGAGAUUUCCCCACAGCCUGGUGGUAAUAGGACAGGAGGCUGUGGGGGGUUUAGAGCUCCCGCGUUAGUGUGAGGGGUGGGGAGGGGUGGAAGAGGCCUGUGAGUCAUCGGUAGCACUGGUCCAGUUUGACACUGCCUUGUGUGGUGGUGUGAGGGGCGGGGGGAAACUGGGACAUGUGAUGAGUGGUAGGGCCCUUCUGCAUCCUCCGCCUCGUAACCUCCUCAUGCAGACUGGAGCUGGUGCAGGGCCUCUUGUGUGGCGUGUACCUGUGGGGCUCUGGGGGCACCCCCAAACGGGGGGCAUGGGCCACAGAAUGGUCCCCGCCCAGGCAGGGUAGCGGAAGGAGCCAGGAGUGACCUGCGGGCGCUGUCUCCUCACCUGGGGGCGGGAGAUGUGGGGCAGGGGCCUGAGUGUGGGCUGGAGAGGGGCUGCUUUCUCCCCUGCCUGAUCCGACCAGGGUCUGUGUUACUUUUGAAAAGGUGUGGGUGCCCAUGCCCCCCCCUCCCAGGGCCCUGAGGGAGGAGGGGAGGUCAUUGGUCCCGUUUCCUGCCUCCUGGUUCCUCUGCUCCCCACCCCAUGUAUCAUAGGGAACUUUCACCUCAAAAUCUUUCUAAGCAAUGUGUGAAUAGGAUUUUUACUCCCUUUGUACAGUAUUCUGAGAAACGCGAAUAAAGGACAAUGUGUUUCUGUU